UUUACACUUAUAAUCACAAUUCUUUACUUUUCUGUCUCACUUUUCUCUUCUCCACCAAUCACAGCAGCCAACACUCCCAGUUUGUUGUGUGUAUGGUAGUGUCUCCAUGACAACUACAGACAUUUACCACAACAUGUAAAGCAGCCUGACUCACUCUGCUGACUUGAGAAGAGAAACCUUUUCAGACCAUUUACACUCUUAGUCGUUAGUUCCCACUGGCCAAAUCCUGCAGUGAAAGAUCACAUAGUAGCAGAUAUGUUAACUGCUCUGGGAAUAUCAUGUGUUAUUUGUUGCAUGACUUUGCAUCUAGACAUGGAAAUAUGGAGUAUUAUUGGAAAGAGUGAAAUCUUACACCUCAGUCAUUCAAUUUGGACCAGUUUGGACUCAUACACAGCCCGGUGCCCUGAAAAAUACAUGUUUCUAGCUGUUAAGAUUAACAUAAUGUAGGAAAUUAAAGUAAAAAUGGGAGACGGGUUGCAUCACUCUCAGCCUGUGUGUCGGGGACUCUAGCAGCUGCUGUUAGUUUCGGGUCUCGGCGGAGGAUCGCAGUAUGAGCAAUGCACUAGCAGUAUUGACGGGCAUCUGAUGUAAGUUACCGGAUCCCAUUGCAUUUUCUUUUCGCUUCAUGAGACAGACCGCCCCUUCACGUAUCACUUGCAGCCUGUGGGUGUUUUGAAUCUUGUAAUGCAUUUCCGCAUUUGUUGCCCCCUCCAUCUUUUUCCUAGUAUCCAUGGCACAACACAUGUGACACCUUACUUUACUGGAAGAAGACACAUUUGCCAUAAGAACCAGAGGAGGAAGUUAGUCUUGAGGAUUUGGAGGAGAAAGCAAAGUCAGGAGAUGCUAGAGCACAGAGCAAGAUGGGCCGUUACUUCCUGGCCGUGGCAGAAGAAAGAGAUGAAGAGCUAAACAACUGUACAGCGGUCACUUGGCUAGUCCAGGCUGCUAAACAAGGACGCAGGGAUGCCGUCAAACAGCUGCAACGGUGCUUAACCUCCAGGAAAGGCAUCACUCUGGAGAACAUUGAGGAGGUGAAGAAAUUGUGUACAGAGACGCGCUUUGAGAGAGGAGUCAGGAAAGCAGCUCUGCUUAUGUACUGGAAGUUGAACCCGGAGAGGAAGAAGUCGGUGGCUGUUUUUGAGAUGCUAGAGAAUGUUGAACACGUCCACACGGAGCCAGGCAAACCCGUGUCGCCUGGCCCACUGAACAGCUCUGCCAAGAAACAGAGGAGAGUCCUGGAGACUAUGGUCACCAGCGAAGCCAGAUGCCAAGUGGGCCUUGACGACUUUGUUGAGAUGACGAAGAAGUAUGCUCAGGGUGUUGCACCUUCACCCGCCAUGGCUGCAGCAGGAGGUGACGAUGAUGACGAUGACGACGAUGAUGUCGUGGUGAAGAAUCCAGAUAAAUUGCCCUUACACCAAAAGUUGCUGAAGUUCCCUUUGUUCGCUUUGCUGGAGAUCAAGGAGCACCUCAUCGACUGGGCGUCACGGGCCGGCAUGCAGUGGCUCAGCGCCCUGAUUCCCACGCACCACGUCAACGCACUUAUCUUCUUCUUUAUCAUCUCCAACCUCACAAUCGAGUUCUUCAUCUUUCUCAUCCCUCUGCUGGUUUUUUACCUCUCAUUCUUCUCCAUGAUCAUCUGCACACUGCGGGUAUUUCAGAAUUCCAAAGCGUGGGAAAACUUUCGGGCCAUGACUGACCUGCUGACGCACUUUGAACCCGGUCUGGAUCUGGAGCAGGCUGAGACCAACUUUGGAUGGACACACUUAGAGCCUUAUCUGUACUUCCUGCUCUCUGUGAUCUUUGUGGUGUUCUCUUUCCCUGUUGCUGAUAAAUCCUGGAUCCCCUGCUCAGAGUUGGCUGCUGUCGCUCUCUUCUUCACCGUCACCGCCUUCCUCAGCCUUCAUGCCUCUGCUCAGCUCUUCGCUCGUAGGGCCCUCGUUACAGAGGUCCUCUCCGGAGUGUGCUCCCUCACCCACCUCCUGCCAGACUCCCUCCCCUGGUUCCUCAGGGUCUUUGGGAUGACGUUUAUCACUGUGCCUCUAGGGGACAACGUGGUGUUGAACCUGGGGGUGCCAUGUCUGCUAUCUGGACACCUUUUCUAUCUGCUCUUCCGUAUGGCCCAGCUGAGAGGCUUCAAGGGCACCUACCUGUGCCUGGUGCCCUACCUGGUGUGCUUCACCUGGUGUGAGCUCAGCUUGGUGUUCCUUAAUAACGCCUCUGUAAUAGGACUCAUCCGCACCUGUAUUGGCUACUUCCUCUUUAUGUUCGCCCUUCCUGUACUCUCACUAGGCAUGGCAGCAAUGCUCAUCAUCCAGUUACUGCAGUGGUUCCUCGCUCUGGAGGUGACCAAGAUGGUGGUCACCUUGAUCAUUUGCUUCGUGCCAGUAGUGCUGAGGCUUUGGACUCGCUUCAGCCUCAACCCCAUCGUGGUUUUUCGGUCUUUGUCGCGGAGCAGCGUUGUGAAGCUCAUCCUGGUGUGGCUCAGUGCGGUGGUGCUCUUCUGCUGGAUGUACGUCUACAGGUCUGAAGGCAUGAAGGUGUAUAACUCCACCCUGACGUGGCCCGAGUACAGCAGCCUCUGCGGCCCUCUAGCCUGGAAAGAGACCAACAUGGCCCAGACACAGAUUCUCUGCUCUCAUCUAGAAGGACAUCGCGUCACGUGGACCGGACGCUUCCGAUAUGCCCGUGUGACCGACAUCGAGAACGGGCCACACUCGGUUAUCAACCUGCUGCCUGUAUUUGUGGGGAACUGGAUGCGCUGCCUGUAUGGUGAGCCGUAUCCUUUGUGUGAGGAGUUGAAAAACGUCACAGCUGAGCCCCAGCCUCAGCCUGCCCCGGCUCCUCCUGCAGAAGAUCGCCUCUGUAAACUUAAGAAGCUGGCCAAGCACGAAUGUCACAUCAAGCGCUUUGAUCAAUACAAAUUUGAAGUCACAAUGGGCAUGCCGCUGGAGAGGAAGACCAAGAACGGGACGGUCGUAGAGGACGAAGAUGCGACUAAGGACAUAGUACUGCGGGCGAGUAAUGAGUUCAAGUCUAUGCUUUUAUACUUAAACACAGGAAGCCUGGUGGAGUUCAGCACCAUACUGGAGGGUCAUUUAGGCUCCAAAUGGCCCGUGUUUGAGCUGAAAGCAAUUCACUGCCUGUCGUGCGGUGAUGCCCGCUUGCCCAGCCGCCGGCAGUACAAGAUUGAACACGACUGGAGGCACACGGCUCAGAGUGCCCUGCAGUUUGGUUUUGACUUCUUCUUUAACCCCUUCCUGACCGCUAAGAUGAAGCAACACUCAGAGACUGAAAUCGAGACUGUGACACAGGAGGAGGGGUAGAGAUCUGGCAAACACACCCCUGGGGGAAAUAAGAUGUAUGAUUAUGAUAACACUAGUGAAAGAACAUUAAUGAUUGUAAUUCACUCUUCUUAAUACUGUAAGAGGGUGAACACGUACUUCAGAAUUUGUGGCAUCAGUCCGGUUGUAGAUCUGGUCAUGAGAGUGUGUGAGUUUGCAUUCUAAUAGCUUUUGAGCCAAAAUAUGUCACAACUCUAACUAUAAGCACACAAGCACACCACAAACAAACUGCACCAGAGUCCGCUUGGAAGUGGACCGAGACCCACCUUUUCAAGCAGUCUCGGUUUGGUUGUAUGCUCUGCACCAGGGUUUGAUUGACAGUUUUCACACCAGUUCAAAUGAACCGAGCAAAGAGACCUGAGUUUGUUUUAACCAAACGGGUUACGUGUGAAAGCCCCCUGACAAAGGGGAGAAACGCAUUCUAGAAUAAGUAAUUUACUGCCUAACACUAACAAUAUACACAGUCUAUUAAUCAAGUCUUUUUAAAUUUGUUUGUUCAUUGUACAAACACUGGGUGUGCUGAACCACUUAUGUACAGAUCAAAUAGUUGUACCCAAAAUCAUCAGUAUUUUACAGUAUCCUUGUUGAACUGUCAUUGCUUUGUCUGUGGGAGACGAGUUGUAGAGGAAUAGCUUUCCUUUUUACAACCGGUUGUAAUUCUGACGAUAACUUGUAACGGUUUCCUUUGCUGCCAAGCUUUAAUAAUUUACUAUUAGACAGUAUGCUGUAUGUGCAGUGUGUAAUUGUAGUGGAGAUUAUUUUUAAGUGCCUUUUAUAAAACAGUCUCAAUUCAAAAAUAAUUUCGAGGGAAAAGACACUAAAUCCUGUCUUCAUUCCUUAAUCUUUAAAAAGCUUAGAAGUUUAUCUCUGCUUUUGUUUGCCCAUCUUUUUCUCCUCUUGCUGUUUCUCUUUCCUUGUUCUCUGCUGUGCAGAGAUUAAAAAUAUUGAACAUUUGAAGUCCCUGAGUGAUGAUGUGUUUUAAGUUAAGAUGUCACUCCUGUUUUCUUUACUGUUGACCCAUAAACAUAAUGAAAACA